AUGUCUACCAAUAUUGAGGAAAAUGUUCGUUGUAAUAAACUUCAGGAUGCAUACUUUGCGCUACAAGUUGAUGGAUCAACAGACAUGAGUAACAAAGCGCAACCACUGGCUUUUAUUCGCUUUAUUGAUGGUGAUAAAAUAGUAAAUCAGUAUCUUUGUUGCAAGGAAAUGCUUACCACUACUAAAGGUGAAGAUAUUUUUCUUAUUUCGAAUAGUUAUUUUGAGAAAUGUAAUUUAUCCUGGGAGUCGUGUGUUGGAAUUUGUACUGAUGGAGCUCCCUCAAUGAUGGGUUCCAUUAAAGGUCUUGCAUCAUUUGUAAAGCAAAAGAAUCCCAAGAUAAUAACAACUCACUGUUUCUUGCAUAGAGAGGUACUGAUGGCAAAAACACUGAGUGUUAAACUGAAAGAAGUUUUUGAUCAAGAUGUCCAAAUGGUAAAUUUCAUCAAGACUAGACCAGUAAAGGCUCGUAUACGUAUUUGA